CAAUAAGGAAAAAACAAGCCAUGUCUAACUGGAAGAAGCUUUGCGGGGAGAAUAACUGGGAAGGCCUGUUGAAACCUUUCGACAAAAGUCUCUGCGAAACUUUAGUUCAUUAUUGCAAAAGAGUUGAGGUUGUUUAUGACACUCUCCAGCACAGCAUAACAGAUCCUUCCAAUUACGGGAAACCCAAAUAUGAAGAACAAGAGCUCUUCUCUAAGGUUGGCCUGGAGCAUUACACCAUAAACAACUAUGUUUAUGGUGACUCGAAAUUAGAUUUAAUUGCUAAAGGCUUACGUACAUGGGUCGGCUUCGUGGCCGUGGCCUCAGAUGAAGGGACAAAGCACUUAGGAAGGCGAGACAUUCUGAUUUCCUGGAGAGGAACAGUGACAAUGGCAGAAUGGGUAAAAGAUAUCGAAUUUGCUCAAACCUCAGCUGAACCAAUUUUAGGGAAGCUCUGUGGAGAUGCUCGUGUACAUUCAGGCUUUCUCUCCAUCUACAUGUCAGCUAGAUAUAAAGUUCUUGAAGCAGUUCAGAAACUGGUGAAAGAAUACCAGCACGAGGAAAUCAGUAUAACAGUGACAGGUCAUUCUCUGGGAAGUGGGUUUGCUAUAUUGACUGCAGCUGACAUAGUUGCCAAUGGCUAUAAUACUUGCUCUGAUCCUUCUUCCAUGGCCACUGCAAUGGUAACCGUAUUUGCCUUUUCAAGUCCUAAGGUUGGAAACUCAGACUUUGUGAAUGUGUUCAACAGCUUCAGCAAUCUUCAUCUCUUGCAUAUAAAGCAUCAUCUUGAUAUCGUUCCCAGGCUUCCACCUACUGGCAAUUAUUCAACUAUGGGAACUGUGUUAAACAUCACCUAUACUAUUUUCCAGAUGAAGGAUUUUCUUCGCCCUGUUAUGUUCUCAGCCUCUGAAAUUCUAGUAAGGUUUCAUAUUCUGAAGACUUUACACAUGACAAUCGAAAGACAACAAGUGAAUAAAUAUCGCCUUGCAAUGCUGCUGCCCCUCCAGCAGUUCACGCUGUUCUACUUAAAGCUUCUCCUCAGGCAAUUUUGUCAAAGAUGUCCACAGUACUUCUGGCUGCUCCAAUUAGAGUCCAUCCUGGAGAAAUAUUUGCCGGAGCAAGUCACGGUGCUCCCCAUGGCGCACAUUUUGCUGAUGGCGGUGCUUGCAUUCACAAUGAUGUGGUUGAUAAAUUAUAAAAUGUGGUAAUCGAGCACUUCGAAAUGGCAAUUAAAAGUUGGAUCUUCGAGCUGUUCAACUUCAGGCUUCCUAGUAAUCCUGGGAAAAUAAUUAUUUUAAUUACUCAAUAACGUUUGUGUCACCAGUUUGCAGAGAUUCCGAUAAUAUGUAUUUGAAAAUAAGUUCCUCUCUCGUGGAGGAGGCAGCUUGUUUUGGCGUCAUUACUGAUUGACAAUGAUUGUAUUUUUCUCAUUAUGUAUCAAAAAAAAUGUCCGCUAUUAAGAGUUAAAUGUAU